UAAAUUCAUUCAAAACAUUAAUUUAUCUAGUACUGAGUACUCGUAAUCGUAGCUGGUGUUUCGCGAUAGCACUACGACUAUUAUACCGUCAUACGCAUUCAUUCGUGUUGUAAACACAUCCGAUUUCCUAUAGUUUUUAAACCUCAAAAAGAUGACUAUGAUCGAUAAUCAGAUCGAGAUCGCAGAAGGAAGAAACAAAUACACCGUCAAGCUGGCAGUUCCGAAGUAUUCGUCUGGAGAAAGAAACAUGCAAUCUAUAAAAGCGGCCUUUUUCGGUUUACAAAUGAACAUGUUCAAUACGUUGGUUGUAUUCAGUGUCGUUUUACUUCUCUGCGCAUCCAUCAUUCGAGCUGCACCUACCACCGAUGAGUUAGAUAAUUACACCGAAGCCACAUCACCAACUCCAUCCACUACAAAAUCACCCUUCACUUGCUAUGGCAGAACACCUUGUGGCUGGGCUGUUUACACUCGAUGGGAAAGGAAAUUCGAAUACUUCAUGAAAAAUAAUUGCGCUUGUGCAGACGACAAAAUUUGCAAAAUAGAUGACGACAAUGUAUCAAUCGCUGCUUUUGUUUAUCGUUGCUUCAAUAGAACAAGUACCGACCCAGUGGAAGAAGAGUGGUUCAUGAAGCAGUCCCACCGAUAAUUUUUACUAUUUCAUAUUAGUAUGAAAAGCUUUCUUUAAAAUCUUUAAGUAUUCGUACUUAAUUUAUAUUGGAUAUAACAUGAAAAAAAAGGAUUGUUUUGGAAUAUUCAACUUUAAAGUUUAAACUUUCUUUUCGCAUUUGGAAAUUGGAGGUACCUAGUUUUAAAAUACCUUACUCAGUUACUCGUAUACAAAUCUCUUUGGCAUUAUACCUACUUUUAAUUCUACAUGGUUUUCGCUUCGUGCUCUCCUUUGAUUAACUGUAAUACGGUUUGGACUUUCAAUAAAAACAGACUAAAGACGUGCCAUAAUAGAUAAAUAUUUCUAAUUUAUCAAGUACCUACCUUUUCCUCCUCCGUACGAAAUCUAUAAAAAAUACCGACACACCUCGCUAUACUAAAAAUUGACAGAUUGGAAGCAAAAUUAGUUAGGGAAAUGAUUAAAAAUGAAAAAAACAAAAAAACGAAACCUCAUGAAGUGAAUUAUCCAACAAAUAAGUUUAAUUUAUUUUAAAAAAUAUGAUGAUUUUUGAAUUUGAUCAUUUUCCUGCGUUAUUUAAGCACCUCUUUUCUUUGCGUACCUAUAUUUUUGAACUAUUCCAUCUCAUGAGAGGAAUAAUUCAUAAGUUCAGUUUUUUUUUUUUUUUUUUUUUUUUAAUUAUAACGAGCUAGAUCGACGAUUUGACGAUUAUCAGUUUAAUUUUUUACUAUAUCUCAAUAUUUUAAUUGACCACAAUAAAAUCCACUCCAAAGUUCAUAUGAUUCUCUCCCAUCAAACUAAUGUUAAAAUAGAAAGUAGAAGAAAAAAGAGAACAGACGAAAAGAUAUACAAAAAAUGAAUUAGGUACUCGUUUACUCCCUUUUAUUAGCAUUUAAUUUCGUAUACCUACUUACUUUAGCUAUCCAUGUAUUUAAUCUAUUACGGAUCCUACAUACCUUAAUUAAUUUUUAGAAGACAAAUACAUACUACGCUUGAAUAAUAUUUAAGUAUUAUAUUUUUUCUAUUUGUUAUAAUCCUUUGGAUGUCUUUUUUUUAUUAUUUCUUAAGUGAUAUUUAUACUCAUUCAUUCGUAAAAUAAAAUUCAUUUUCGGACA